AUGACGGAAUAUUUUUUUUCCCACCAGGGCACGUUUGUUGGCGGCACGACGAUGUGCCAGACGUACGCCUACGUCACGUGCGUCUUCACGAGCGUGUCCGUCUGGACCAUCGCCGCCCUGAGCUGGGACAAGUACCAGACCAUCGCCUCCCCCCUCCACCACUCGCUGACCGCCACCCUCCGCAAGAUGCUGCCCUGCUUCGCCGUCUUCUGGGGGUGCGGCCUGAUCCUCUCCCUGCCUCCGUUGUUCGGCGCCAACGAGUACACCCUCCACUACUCGAUGGGAAUCUGCGGGGUCAAAUUCUCCAGCGUGCCGGGCCGCUGGUACACCUGUGUGUUGGUGUGUCUGUCUUUUAUCUUCCCCUUCUGCCUGAUGAUCUACUGCUACGCCCACAUCUUCAGAAUCGCCCGGACGCAGAGCAGCCGCAUCGCCGCGACCAUGCUCCGAAUGGUCAGCGUCAUCCAAGCCCCCAUAGCUCCGGCCACGCAAAGUUCCUUGUCUUUAAGAGGAACAAAAGCCAUGGGGACGAUACUCCAGUUAAUCGGAUCAUUCGUCUUGACUUACCUCCCUUACGCUAUUCUUAUCAUAUACGAAGUCAUCUUCUCGGUUCAAGCCAAUAUCACAUUCGUUUCCAUAGCAACCACGUUGUUUCUCGCGGCUCCUUUGAUUCACGCCGCCAUCUACGGCUUACGGAACCAGAUUCUCCGGACGUCGUUUUACCGGUACUCGCGACGUAAGCUCCAGCACUGCUGUUCCAACGACAAGCGUCGAGGCAGCGUCAAAUCGCUGAAUCGCAAAACUCCCAAUUUUAAACUGCCGCUGCGGUGUGUGAUCAAAUCCGACGGGAAACAGUACAUCCUCCGCCGGACGCUCUCCUACCAGGGCGGGCCCGUCAACGACCCCGCCGAGGGGUUCAGGGAGAACACGAACGGGCUCCCGCGGCCUCAUUCUUUCAACGUGUUGCGCACAGCCAACGGGUGCUCCCCCCAGCUGGCCAACGGGAUCCGCGUCCACAGCAGCUUGAAAGACGAAGGCAAGCAAGUCAAAGAGGUCUCGUUCUCGGAGAAAGACGAAGUUUCCUACAUCCACCCCGACGGAAUGUCCCGAGUGGCCCGGGAGGAAGUCUCCUACUACAGUAAAGACAUCAUGAAAGAGAUGAGCGCCAUGGAUUGUGAGAUGGAGGAAAUCUCCAGAUUCGACAAAGAGGCUGUCACCCCGCCGUCCCUACGCAAGGAAAACACCCCCAGCUCCGAAACGAGAAAGGACGAGAUCUCGAAACUCUACCGGUUCAAGGAGGAUAUUUCCAAACUCGCGCACUCGCGCUUCAAAGGGAAGCUAACUCCGCAAAAAGAAAAGGCAAAAAAUAUACGUAAAGAUAAGCCUAGGAAAGGGAGACAAGCGCGUAUAGACAACGAAGAGUCUUCUAUAUUUAGAGUGGACGACGACGAAUCAAAAUACGACAUAGAAUCAGACGAUGGUGUUUCGUUUGCCUAAUACACCGUUCAUUUGACACGAUAUUUUAAAAAAAAAUUAUUUAAUAGUUUUGGAAAUUCUUAUUGAUUUGUGCUAUUGUAAAAUUGUUUUAUUAAUUUAGUUCAUAUAACAAUUAUAAUUUGCUCAAAACCCCCCGAAAUUGUCAAUUUCGACUGACUAUAUAUACACACAACAACUGAUUCUGUGUGAUAGGAUAAGUGUUUAUUGUCUAAUUUGGUUUGUACA